GGUUUAGGGUUUAGAGUUGUUGUUUUGUGGUUUAGGGUUUAGAGUUAAUGAUUUAGGGUUUAGAGUUGAUGUUUUAAGUUUAGAUUUAGGGUUUUGGGUUUAGGGUUUACGUUUAUAGUUUAGAUUUGAUAUUUUAGGGUUUAGAUUUGAAGGUUUAGGGUUUAGAAAUUGAUGUUUCAGAGUUUAUGGUUUAAAGUUUAGAGUUGAUAAUUUAUGGUUUAGAGCUGAUGUUUUAAGUUUAAAUUAGUUAACCAUAUGUUUUUUUUUGUCAAAGUUAAUCUAAGGGUUAUAAAUGUCUUUUACUAUUCAUUAAAGAUGAUGGUAAAAGUGGUUAGUGUAAACUUAAAAAGUGCUACUUUGAAAAUGGUAUUUUUGGCAAUUUCCAUAGACUUAUACGGAACACCCAAAGUCGUUAUAGUGUUUUAUUCCUCUGUCUCAUCUCUUUAUUCAAUAAAUAAAGCUUUUAUGGUCUUUCUUUAUUAGCCAAUUCAACUUGAUUCAAUUAUAUGCAUCAAUAAACUACUUCCUCUCUUUUUCUUGUUCAAAAAACUACUUCCUCUGUUUGAUAUAUUAUAAGUAUAGUUUAGGCAAUUUUUUUUUGUUUCAAAAUAUAAAUAGUUUUCAUAUUUCAAUGAAAUUUUUUACUUAUUGGAUAUUGAUACCACUCAAAUUGCCCUAAAGAGUGAAUUACUCUCUCAAAUAAGAGGUUCAGUUGCAGUAUUUAGGUCUCGAAUCCACAAGGAGCUAGGGAACCUAUUAAAUCUAGUAAAGUUAUUAAUUCUAGGUGUUUGUUGUUUUAUGAGUUUAAAAGUAAAUAGCAAUCCUAAUUGAACAAGUCUAUUGCUCGACUAACAAGAUGAUUGGGGGUGUAACUUUAUUGGAAGAUAUUAGAUGCAGGUUUCUAUUCAGGUGUUUGAGAUUAUAAUUCUAUAGAUGCCUAAUAGUUGCAUGCAUGAUAUAUUAGAGCUCAACUCCUUAAUCACAGUGAUCAGCGAUGGCAAUGUUUCACUGGUUAAUUAACUAGAUCUUGGAUCUCAACUGUCGGCUUUUGAUCACAAGAAAGUGUCGAUCGAUGAUCCUAUAUGGAUAUCGAUCGAUACACUUUUCGCAAAUAUCGAUAGAUUGUCAGAAGACAAUAUCGAUCGAUGUUUCUAGCUAAGCCCUAGGCGCGGGUUGAUAAUGCUCACUAGUCUCCUAGAUCAGCGGUUAGCAUCUCUCUAGCAGUCCUAGCAUGACAUAUUAGAUUCAGGACAUGAUGAUCAAGGAUGCUUGACACAUGCAAAUUCCUAGGUUCAUGUUCUAGUUAGCAAGGCUAAAACAAGCAUUAAAGACAAUCAAUCAAUGAAUAUUACAACUCAGCAAAUCUAUAGUUGGGGCUAAUCCCUCUAACCUAUUUGAACCCUGAAUCUAACAAGUAAACUACUCAGACAUAGCUAAGCAAUUUAUGACAUAAAAUAUAUAUAAAAACUGCAUAGAAUAGAAUAGAUGAAUCAAUGGAGUUCCAAUCACAAAUCUCUCUAUGAUCUUCUCUCCUAAAACUCUCUGUAAAACUCUAAAAACUCUGUGUAAAAACUGUUGUAAAAACUGACUCUGGUAACUCUCUUUCCUCCUAACACUUAGGCAAUUAUAUAGCUAUUAGGUUAAAAACUCGUCAGGGUUAAUCUUGUAAUUUGGUGAAGCCUUGGGUUUAAAGUCGGCUGGAACCAAAUUGCGCAUCUCGCGUCUCGACAUCGAUCAAUGGUACAGGAUGUACAUCGAUCGAUCAUAAUCUUCAAUCGUCGAGGCUUCUCUUCUGUAUCGAUCGACGGCACUGGAUGUGCAUCAAACGAUUGCUUCUUCUUCGUAUCGACCUCUAAUGGUCAGCUCGGAUGAAAUCUCUUUUAAGCUCCUAAAUGCUCCAUAUUCAUCACUUUACUACAAGAUACUCCUGAACCUGAAAACAUACCUAAUAUGAUAGAAUAUAUAAUAUAUAGAUAGUAAAAUACUCAUAUACCAUGGAUGAAAAUAGGUCAAAUCCAUGGUAUAUCAACUCCUCCAAACUUACCCUUUUGCUUGUCCUCAAGCAAAAUAAACAAGCAGUCUCUCUGAAAGAGGUUUGAAAACAGCAGGGACUCACAAAUUUAAAACAUAGAAAUCAUCAUCUCUACAAUAUUGCAAUCCACAUCUAAAAAGUCCUAAUCACACAAGCACAUUAUGCAAUAUCCUAGCUUAGCAACCAAAUUCAACUAGUCUACAACUCAGAAAAUCCUAUCUGACAUUCCCCUCUACUAACCUCAUUUCUUAGCAUAAAUAUAAAAGUGCAUGCUUUACCUUGGGAGUAUCGAUCAAUGGACACAUGGACUCUUAUUCUUGUAGGUAUCUGAGUAAACAUGUAGUCUUAUUCUACUUCCUUUUCUCCUUAUAUAUCUCUUCUCUGAAUCUCAUUAGUUUCAAUUUCAAUGAAUGUUGAUGCUGAUGUAGCCAUCUUGUUCAUCUUAUUGACUUUUCUAUUUUUGUAGCUCUUUUUGACAAAGUGUAGCAAAUAAUGGGGUCACAGGAGACACUCUUACCCCUCGUUUCCACAAUGUGUGAUUAUUCCCUUCAGACUUAGAAUAAUGGGGUCAUAGGAGACACUCCUACCCCUCUGCCUCUUCCAGGAAAUAAUUUCAAUCUUCUAUUAUAAUUUUUUAUUUAUCUUGAGAUGCCAAAGAGAGGAGAGAAAGAAACCAAAAAUUUACAGACUUGUACCUUUCAGACCUGAAAGAGGAAUCCGAUCCAAUGUAUACCAAGCCCCAAGACAAGCAAUUAUGUCAAGUUUAGUGUUGGAGGUCAGCUUUGGUUCCUUCAAACAAUCAAGGCAAGUGUGUAUAGUUGACAUGUUGAUCCACUUUAGCAUCUUUAGUACUAUCUUCAAUCAGUAAAUCUAGAAUGGUGCUAAAGAGUGGUUAGACAUUCAAGUAUAAAUCAUAAGAUCAUAGUCCCUUUCGCAUAGCUAAGCAUAAUUUUAUUAAAAUCAUUAUAAAAUACUUUUAAAAUCAAAAUAAAUAAUGUCAGUAAACCUCCACGUAGACUUAAAUUACACUGUCACAGUGUAAUACAGUCGGAGUUAUGGUGGAAAUAAAUCAUAAGUACUCAAUGUAACAAGUUAGGAAGAUAAACAUGACCGUAGUGGAAAUCGAUUGAUGUGCAUCGGUAUGCAUCGAUCGUCUUGUGUGAUUGUAGGUCGAUCGAUGUCGACGUCUCGGCCACGGUUGAUAUGUUGGUAAUCAUCCUACUUGGGUCUUUGCAAAAAUAAUCUGAAAGAAUGACACUACAAGAAAACAACGUAAUUCUGACAGACAUUCUGACGGAAAAUGAGAUCCUCGGAAUAUUCCGACGAAUUUCCGAGGAAAUAUUUGGGUUUCCUCGGAAUUUCCUCGGAAUAUAUCGAUGAAAUACCGAGGAAAUCAUAUUCCUCGGAAACCACCGACGAAUAUCCGAGGAUAUAUUAUAGCCGUUAGAGAGCCGUUGGGGAUUUUAAAAAUUCCGAGGAAAUUCUGAGGAAAGAGCCGUUGCCGUCGGGAUUCCGUUGGAAUUUCCUCGGUACUGUCGGCAACAUGUCAUCUAUAAAUACCCGCACCCCCCAUCCUCUUCAUUCACUCCAUUUCUUCAUCCUCUCUCACAUACUAUAUUUACACACGAAUUUGAUUGACAAAAGCAUGUCUUCUUCAAAUUAUUAUCGUUCUUGGAUCGAUCAACCUCAUUUGGAUCCGAACACGAGAUUGCUUACGGAAGAAUACCUACGAGGUAUAACCGAAUUCAUGGGGUUAGUUGAGCGACAACCAGAAGCAAAAACGGGUAUGUUAAGAUGUCCUUGCUCUAAUUGUAAAAAUAGAAAGAUUAUUAAAGAGUGGGAUGUUUAAACUCAUCUAUAUUUGAAUGGGUUUACACGAAGUUAUAAAAUUUGGUAUCAUCAUGGAGAAACUGAUUAUGAAUAUGGUAGUACUAGCAAACCUCAGCCUGCGGUUAGGUUAGAAGAAUCAAUUAGAAUGGAUGUAGAUUAUGGUGUAGGUACUGAGCAGAUGGUAAAUGAUCAUUUUAGAGGGGAAAAUUUACCCAAUGCCGAAGCUAUGAGAUUUUAUGAUAUGUUGGAUGCUGGAAAGCAACCCUUGUACGAAGGUUGCAGAGAUGGUCAUUCUGCUUUAUCAUCUGCAACAAGACUGAUGGGCAUUAAAACAUAUUAUAAUUUGGCUGAAGACUGUGUGGAUGCGAUUGCUGAUUUUGUAAAAAGUAUUCUACCUGAGGAUAAUGUAGCCCCUGGUUCAUACUACGAGGUUCAGAAACUGGUAGUUGGUCUUAGUUUAUCGUAUCAGGUAAUAGAUGUAUGCAGCGAUAACUGCAUAAUUUAUUGGAGUGCGGAUGAACAGCGGGUUGCAUGCAAAUUUUGUGGAAAGGCUUGUUAUAAAGAUACGAGUGGAAGAGUUCUAGUACCAUUUAAAAGGAUGUGGUAUUUGCCUUUGACGGAAAGUUUGCAGAGGUUGUAUCAUUUCUGAACGCACAGCGCAACCAAUGAGAUGGCAUGCGGAGCAUUCAACAAAUGGUGAGAUUAGACAUCCUUCAGAUGCAAAAGCGUGGAAACAUUUCCAAUCAACAUAUCCCGACUUUGCGUAUAAGAGAAGAAAUAUCUACCUUGGAUUAUGUACUGAUGGUUUCAGCCCGUUUGGCAAGAGUGGAAGAAAGUAUUCUCUAUGGCCAGUCAUUCUUACACCAUACAACUUACCGCCAAACUUGUGUUUGCGACGAGAGUUUUUGUUUCUCUCCAUUCUCGUUCGCGGACCAGAGCAUCCUAAGAGAUCACUUGAUGUGUUUCUUCAGCCACUAAUAUAUGAGUUGCUACAACUAUGGGCUCAAGGUGCUGAAACAUACGAUGUUUCAUGUAAAGAAAACUUUCAAAUGCGGGCAGUACUUAUGUGGACAAUAUGUGAUUUUUCCGCAUAUAGUAUGUUAUCUGGAUGGACAGCGCAUGGAAGGCUAUCAUGUCCAUAUUGUCAAGAAAACACUGAUGCUUUCCAACUAAAACACGGAAGGAAAACGUGUUGGUUUGACUGUCACAGGAGAUUCCUACCACCUUUUCAUCCAUAUUGUAGGAGUAGAAAUUUGUUUACGAAGAACAAGAGGGUGUUUGACAGUCCUCCUCCGGAAAUUAGUGGGGCAGCUUUGUCGACACAACUAAGAGAUUUUGGUGCAGAAAGGACGCCAGACUAAGGUGCACAUGUGCAUUAUCCGGUAGAUGCUGUUGGAGAACUACAUAACUGGCACAAAGAGAGUAUUUUCUGGGAUCUGCCAUACUGGAAUGAUCAUCUGCUGAGACAUAAUUUAGAUGUCAUGCAUAUUGAGAAGAACUUUUUUGACAAUCUCAUGAACACGAUCCUUAACGUUCAAGGUAAAACAAAGGAUAAUUUGAAGUCAAGACUGGAUUUAGUCGAUAUAUGUGCUCGUUCAGAACUUCAUGUUGAUGAGAAUGAAAGGGCUCCUUUUCCCAUAUACCGACUCGAUGCAGAGGGAAAAGAUGCGUUCUUUGAUUGGAUUUCAAACGAUGUGGAAUUUCCAGACGGUUACGCAUCUAAUUUGCGUAACUGUGUCGACAUAAAUGAAGGAAAGUUUAUCCGCUUGAAGAGUCACGAUUGCCAUGUAAUGAUGCAGUGCCUCCUUCCGUUUGCCUUCAAGGAACUAUUACCACAGAAUGUUCAUGAAGCAAUUGCAGGGAUUAGUGCUUUCUUCCGCGAUUUAUGCACGAGAUCAGUGACUCUUGAAGGUAUUGAAAAUUUGAAGACUAACAUAGCCGUGAUUCAGUGCAACCUUGAGAAGAUAUUUCCUCCAUCAUUUUUUGAUGUUAUGGAGCAUCUUGUUACUCACCUGGCAAGAGAAUUGGAACUUGGUGGUCCUGUGCAGUAUAGAUGGAUGUAUUUGUAUGAGCGGUAUAUGUACCAUUUGAAGAAGAUGGUGAAAAAUUAUAGUAGGGUGGAAGGUUCUAUAAUCGCACAGAUGAUAAAUUUAGAAACUUCAAACUUUGCCGAGUUCUACUUUCCAGCAGAAGUGCAGACCAAAAACAGAAGACCUGCUCGGCAUGAUGAUAGAGGCGAACGGGCAACAUAUCAUGUUACGGUUCCAGACAUCAUCACAGAUGUUGGACGACUUAGCGGAAAACCAAAGGACCGUCGACUUACUGAGCAGGAGCGCAGUCAUUUGCAAACAUAUUUGCUCACCAACUGCGAAUAUGUUCUUCAAUAUGAGAGGUAAAUAAAUUAACUUACAAAUUUUUAUUUUAACAAGUUGAAAUUUAAAUCUUAAUUAAUUAUAUUAUUGUCAACAUAUGUACAGGAUUUUCAUGGCAGACAAGCGGUUCGAACAUAGAUACGCCACAGAGGAGGAACUUGAAGAACUGAAGUAGAGAGAAUUUUCUGGAUGGAUGCUUACUUAUGUGAAUGUUUUAACAAAAUUAAAAAUAUUAUUUAUCACAUAUUUAUACUAAUUCACAUAUAUUAAUAUAACUCGUAUAUGUGCUAUUAAUAGGUGUCUGCUAGUAUGACCAGAGGUGAAACAUUUGACGAUUGGAUACGCGAGAUGGUGCGUGGACCAGAGUAUAUUGUGAAGUCAUAUCCGAGAUUUUGUACUCGAGGAUAUGCAUUCACAACUCAAAAGAGGAGACGUUCGAGUACGACUUAUGAUGAUGGCGUUUGUUCUGCAUCUGGAGAUGAUGUAUACUACGGAAACAUAUGGGAUAUUAUGGAAAUCAAGUAUCCGGGCAUGGUUGGAUUGCGCUGUACUGUUUUCUAUUGUGAUUGGUAUGACAACACUCCAGAUCGAGGUGUGAGAACAGAUGCAUUUGGUGUUACAUCAGUACAUUCGAGGCAAAAGUUGCAAUAUUAUGAUCCUUUCAUUCUUGCUUCUCAGGCCGAUCAGGUAAUUAAAUAUACAUAUAUCAGUUAUUCAUAAUGAUUCAUCAUCAUGUGUAUUAAUAACACUUAUUUACAAAUUAAAUAAUUUUUAAAAUGUUACAGGUUUGUUAUAUCAAGUACCCCCGGGUUAGGAACAGAGAUGAUCUGGGUCACUGUUACAUCACUCAACCCGAGAGGCCGAGUUCAGGGAAGUUCUGAGCUGGAAGACCCACUACAACCAAGCACAUCCGGCAACUUAAGUGCAGCAGAAGAUUCAUCUGCAAAUGGCCGUCGUUCACGUAGAGAAUGAACCAGAUAUUGGAGAGCUUCACCAAGAUACAGAUUCAGAUUCAUCUGGUGAUGAUGACUCGGAAACAGAGUAGCAUCGCCUUUUUUUUUAAUAUAAGAAUACCGAGGAAAUUCUGAGGGAUAAUAGAAUUUAGGGAUUUCCUCGGAAUAGUCCGAGACUUUUCCGACGAUUCAGGGCUUGCUUGUACUGUUUCUGUUUCCUCGGAAAAGCCUCGGAAUAUUCCGAGGAAAUUCCAAGGAAUGUCAAGUGUUCCUCGGAAUUUCUUCAGAAUAUUCCGAGGAAAUUCCGAGGAAUUAGGGUUUUAAAACCGAAAACAGCGUUUUGCGGUUUGAAUAACACUUAUAUAACCCUUAUUAAGUGUCUUAGACUGAUUAUCAAGUGAAAAAAUUGUUCUUACCCUAUAAUAAACACUUUUUCGAUUGUAUGAACGAAAUCCCCACAACAUAAGAGAAACACUUAUACACUAUAAUGAACAGUAAAGGGAAUACUUACAAUUCGUUUUGAUAAUGAACGGUAAAGGGAAUAUUUCAUGGUUUAUAAUCAUCUAUACAAAGAUUCCUCAAUGAUAUGCAUUGCAUUUGUAUAAGAAAUGAUAUAGGGCUAAAAAAAUUGAUGUUUUGAAACCCCAAACAUGUGUUCCUCAGAAUUUCCUCGGAAUAUUCCGAGGAAAUUCCGAGAAAAAAUAUAAAUUAAUAGAAUUACAUGCACAUGAUAUUCUUUUUCCUCGAAUUAAUGAACAUACCGAGGAAAUUCUGACGGAUACUUAAGUUGCCGUCAGAAUUUCCUCGGAAUAUUUUCAUUUAACUGGGCAAACUAGCCGCCAAAUAUUUCGCAAAAAUUGAAAUUAAAGAUACUGACGAAAUGCCGACGGAAAAUAUCUGUCGGACCAUACGUUUUAUAAACACGAAACACUUCUUCUUCCCCAUUUCUCUCUUCUGCCUCCGGCGAUCUCUCUCUUCUUCCGGCGUUCUCCACCUUCUCUUGCGGCGAUCUCUCCGGCGAAUCCUCUCUAUUCCUACACAAAUCAAGUAAGGACCCUAUCCCACUCUCUUAGGUCCUAUUUGUUAGGUUUUUAAGUACAUUUGAUGAUUUUAGAAGUUUUUUGAUAGAUUUUUGUUAGGGUGAUUGGGUAGGAUUGUGAUUUGUUUGUGUAAUAGGUUUAGAAUUGUGAUUUGGUUGUGUUGAAUUGAUUUAGAACUUUUUUUAUAAAUUUUUUAUUAUUUUUGUAUUUAAUAAA